AUGUCGAAACAAUUCCAACCAAUAAGUGACAUCAUCAACACUUCGCCCAAGAACAAGACCCAAUCAUUCAACGAAAUAUACGGAGAACCGGAAGACUUUCUUGAAAUUGAAGUUCGUAAUCCAAUAACUCAUGGAUAUGGUAACAAUCAAUAUACCGAUUAUGAAAUCAUUUGUCGAACUAAUAUCCCCGCUUUCAAGAAACGAUCCAGUAGGAUUAGAAGACGGUACAGUGAUUUUUUGGCAUUUAGAAAGAUUUUGGAACAAGAAACUACUAGAGUUGUAAUACCUCCAUUACCUGGCAAAAUUUUGCUACAAAGUAACAAGUUUAAUGAAUUAAAUAUUGAGAAAAGAAGACAAGGAUUGGAGAAAUUUUUGGUCAUCGUUAGUGGUCAUCCGUUGUUGCAAACGGGGAGCAAAUCAUUGAUUGAGUUUAUACAAAAUGAAAAAUGGGAUCCUAAACAAAUGGUUUAUUGA